AUGUCUGACCUCUCCGUGCAAUUGACGGCCCCGAACGGGCGCACUUACGCCCAGCCGAUUGGCCUCUUCAUUAACAAUGAAUUUGUUCCAUCCAAGUCUGGCGAGAAGAUCACUUCUAUCAACCCUUCAAACGAGGCGGAGAUCGUUUCCGUGUACGCCGCUGGCGAGGAGGAUGUUGAUAUCGCUGUCAAGGCCGCACGCAAGGCUCUGAAGGACCCAUCCUGGAAGGGACUUUCCGCUACCGACCGUGGUGUUUUGAUGCUUAAGUUCGCCGACUUGAUUGAGCAGCACAAGGAAACCCUCGCUACUAUUGAGACCUGGGAUAAUGGCAAACCUUACUCUGUUUCUCUGAAUGAUGACCUCGGUGAGGUCCUCUCUUCCCUCCGUUACUAUGCCGGCUGGGCCGACAAGGUGACUGGCCAGACCAUUGGCACCACCCCUCAAAAGUUCGCCUACACUCUGCGCCAGCCGAUUGGCGUGGUUGGCCAGAUCAUUCCCUGGAAUUUCCCUCUCGCUAUGGCCGCAUGGAAGCUGGGCCCCGCCCUUGCAUGUGGUAACACUAUUGUCAUGAAGGCUGCCGAGCAGACUCCUCUUAGCAUUCUUUACCUCGCUGGCCUGAUCAAGGAGGCUGGUUUCCCUCCUGGUGUCAUUAACAUUCUCAACGGACACGGUCGUGUGGCCGGUGCUGCGCUGGUGCAGCACACCGACGUUGACAAGGUUGCCUUCACCGGCUCAACCGUCACCGGUCGUGAGAUCAUGAAGAUGGCUGCCGGUACUCUCAAGAAUAUCACUCUCGAGACCGGCGGCAAGUCCCCAUUGGUAGUGUUCCAGGAUGCCGACCUCGAGCAGGCGGCCAAGUGGGCCCACAUCGGUAUCAUGUAUAACCAAGGCCAGGUUUGCACAUCCACCUCGCGUAUCUUGGUCCACGACUCCGUGUACGACAAGUUCGUCUCCCUCUUCAAGGAGGUCGUCGCCACCACCAGCAAGGUCGGUGACCCCUUCGCCGACGACACUUUCCAGGGUCCCCAGGUCACAAAGGCACAGUACGAUCGUGUGCUGUCAUACAUUGAGGCUGGAAAGUCCGAGGGCGCUACCCUCGUCGCUGGCGGCGAGCCUUACAAGAACGUUGGUGACGGCCGUGGUUUCUUUAUCGCCCCGACUAUCUUCACCAACGUCAAGGACAACAUGCGCAUCUACCGCGAGGAGGUGUUCGGUCCCUUCGUCGUUAUCUCCAGCUUCGUCACCGAAGAGGAGGCCAUCACCCGCGCCAAUGACACCACCUACGGUCUCGGCGCUGCCCUGUUCACCAGGGACAUUGAGCGCGCCCACCGUGCCGCCUCCGAGAUCGAGGCCGGUAUGGUCUGGAUCAACAGCAGCAAUGACAGUGACUUCCGUGUACCAUUCGGUGGAGUCAAGCAGAGUGGUAUUGGUCGUGAACUUGGUGAGGCUGGUCUCGAGGCUUACUCGCAGGUCAAGGCUGUUCAUGUGAACAUGGGUUGCCGGCUGUAA